AUGGACUCUAUUCAAUCCACCACUGCAAUCGUCGCUCAUGCUCCACAAGAUGGAAAGAGAAAUUGGAAACUUGGGCAGCUACAGCUACGAGCACCCAGUGAAAACGAGGCUAUUGUUGAAAUGGUUGCUUCAGGAGUCUGCCAUACUGAUCUGGGCUGUGGAACCGACCCGGAUGGAACUCCAGGGUUUCCUGUUCCUCCCUAUCCGCGUGUCUUGGGCCACGAAGGCGCCGGUUACGUCCGGGCUGUCGGCUCAAAGGUCACAAAGGUCAAGCCUGGAGAUGCCGUUCUCCUUUCCUUUGCGUUCUGCACCCGAUGCCACAACUGCAAAUUUGGCGCGCCUGGCUACUGUCACGAAUUCAGCGCACUCAACUUCUCAGGCUCUCAGGAAGCCUUCCAGAUUUCGAAGCCAGCCGCUCAGAAGGUCGGGGGUUCGUUCUUUGGCCAGUCGAGCUUUGCCAAGCUCACGCGGGUCCAAGAGACUUCUCUUGUGAAUGUCACGGACUUGAUCACACAUCCGGAAGAUCUGAAAUUAUUUGCACCUUUGGGUUGUGGUAUACAGACCGGAGCGGGCACUAUUACUGAGCUGACAGCGGCCAAACCGGAUGACAAGGUUGCCAUUAUGGGUUUAGGUGGUGUUGGUCUUGCGGCCAUCAUGGGUGCGAAGCUCAGAGGUUGCAAAACCAUCAUUGGCAUCGAUCGAGUUCCAGCACGAAUCGAGAUGGCCAAACGACUAGGCGCCACCCACGGCAUAGACACAUCAUCAGUCGCCAAUCUUGGCGAUGAGGUUCGCAGGAUUACAGAUGGUUCAGGGAGUACAAUCACUGUUGAUGCAACCGGCGUGAUGCCUUUGAUCCAGCAAGGCCUUGACUUCACCGCCAAUCAGGGUAAGAUGGUUCUUCUCGGUGUUGCACCAAUGACAGCUGGACUGGAGAUCUCGGUUGUUCCUUUCAUGGUUACAGGCAAGCAACUUAUGGGCAGUAUGGAAGGUGGUGUGCUUCCUGAGGAUUACAUCCCUCGCAUGAUACGGUGGUUCCAGAAAGGCCAGUUUCCGAUAGAGAGUCUUAUCAAGUUCUAUCCUGUUGGGGAGUUUGAGAAGGCAAUUCAUGAUAUGGAGAAUGGAUCUACGAUUAAACCUGUGUUGAUUUGGUGA